AUGGUUGUCGACAGCAUCUCUGCGACUCCGCGUCUCCGCAUCCCCGAGUGCUGUGCCCCCACAGCAACAAUGAUCCUUGCGAGCAGCUCCUCCAGAAAGCCACCCUCGCUCUCCAACCUGCUGCAAGACAGUCCAGCCCCUCCUCUGGUGCUCAUCGGGGACUCGGGUGUGGGGAAGAGCAACCUGCUGUCCCGCUUUACCCGCAACGAAUUCAACCUGGAGAGCAAGAGCACCAUUGGUGUGGAGUUUGCCACCCGCAGCAUCCAGGUGGACGGCAAGACCAUCAAGGCGCAGAUCUGGGACACCGCUGGCCAGGAACGCUACCGCGCCAUCACCUCCGCGUACUACCGAGGUGCAGUGGGUGCACUGCUGGUGUAUGACAUCGCCAAGCACCUGACAUACGAGAAUGUGGAACGCUGGCUGAAGGAGCUGAGGGACCAUGCUGACAGUAACAUCGUUAUCAUGCUGGUGGGCAACAAGAGUGACCUGCGCCACCUGCGGGCUGUGCCCACUGAUGAGGCCCGAGCCUUCGCAGAGAUCUACCGCAUCGUGUCACAGAAGCAAAUUGCAGACCGCGCAGCCCAUGAUGAGUCCCCUGGUAACAACGUGGUGGACAUCAGCGUGCCACCCACUACUGAUGGACAGAAACCGAACAAGCUGCAAUGCUGCCAGAACCUGUGACUGCCCCGUGCCUCGUCCAAAUAUGCGUGCGUGCACAUCCUCAUCCUUCGCCUGCCCCUCAUCAUGAUGUCUUCUCUGACCUGACCCUCUCUGUCCCUCUGUGACUGGCUCCUACCCCUCCACUGAGCUCUGCAGACAACUGGGGCUUAGGAAGAACAGGAGUCCAGCUGCACCAUCUGUCCUCCCCCACCCCAGGGAAGCUUGAAACCUGGCUGCUGUACCUAUUCUUCUUGGGUCCCAGUGGGCCUCGGGGUGGUGUGGGGAGGGUGGCAGGAUGGACCAGGCCAGCCAGAGGCAAGAGGAUGGGCACACCAAACAGGCUUCAAUUUUCCACAGCAGACUCCAGGGAGCAAUUACCUCCCUUCCUCUCUGGCUAGUUGUCCCAGCUGGCCCUGGUCCCCACCCAGAACCCCCCUCUGGGCUGAAGCCUGAAGAACAAGUGACCGGGGGACUGGGUCAGGCAGACAGAGGCUCCAGCAUCCUACCACCCACAUACAGUCAGCACCGCCUUUGACCUCAGCCUCUCCUGUGCGUGCGUGAAUCCAGCUCCUGCCUGUAGAUUUAUGCUGGGAGACCUCCCCCCCUUUCUGCACGCAGCGCACUCCCCACCCCUCCCUGUGCCCUUCUCUCUGUCUUGUCUCCCUGUCUGGUCAGGAACUGUUUGCAAGUGAAGCAAUAUCUCAGUGUUUUGUAUAUACAACCGCUCUUGUAGCCUUUGUUUUUUUGUUAUUGUAGAGAAACAGAUUCUUUAUACACUUUGUAAGAUUGACGCCAAACCCCAGCUCUCAGAUCUCUUAUUCUCCCUGUGGCCCCUGUUGCCCCAAUGCCUCAUUUCUCUGUCCCGUUACUAAAAUGUGUAACCCGACUUCCUGGACAGAAA